CCGGCCCAAGCAUGGAGACCCGAGUCUGAGCUGGACAGAACAAGCCCGUGGUGGUGGUGGCAGGCCUCCCCAGAAACUCCUGUGAGCUGAAGAAAAGGGACCUUUAUGCCUUUCAGAAGGAGGCUCGUUCUGCAAGGCUGAGGAAACAAGGCAAAGAAUUGUGUGUCACUCUAGUCCAGACGUCUCAAACCAACAAACUGUACAAAGAGGUGCUCCGGAAGGCAGUGGAUGAGGACACCACCUCACUUCAGAAUACAUGGCUCAGGCUGCACAUUUGGUCGCCCAGGAGCAGUGAGUCAUCACUCAGAGUAUGGUGUCUCCUCUUCUGCAAAAACGUCACCAAAGCCCCAUCUAGGAGAACUAAGACGGGAGAUGAAUAUCAGCAUCUCAGUUGCACUUCGCUCAGGGCCGGAGAAUGUGCUCUGAUGAAUAACACCGACACAGAAAGAGGGAAACAUAUCCACUGAGUGCCUGCUAGGCACCAGACACCUACUAAACGUAGGAAGAUAUUGAGGAAGGAGACACCUAAGCCAGACAGCAGUGGGUUCACCAGAGGUUAUGAUGGAAAAGGAGUUCAAUAUUCAGUCCUUGAAGAAACGUGGUUCUGGCCCUACCAUCAUAUUGUGAUUAAUAAGGAAUGGUCUGUGCUAUUACUAAGGUUCCUGGCAGCCCAUUCAGGGAUGGUAUGGUGCCUUUCUCACUUCUUUCAAGGUCCUGUCUUCCCUCUGCUCUAAGGAGUCUACCAAAGGCAGCACACAUUAGAAACACAUCCAGCAUGACUGAAGGGCUCCAACCGGCUGGUGUGGUGGUCCUGCCCAGAUCCCUAGCACCAGCCUUUGAAAGCUUCUGCCAGGCCAACCGUGGUCCUCUGCCCCUGCUGCACCAAAGUGAGCCAAGGAAGAUGCUGCUUCACUUGAGCCCUGUUCCAGACAUAAGGGCCGCCUGUCCACAGUUUCAGAAAUACGAGCUUGGCACCUGCACAGGCAUCCUGGCCUCACUCGAAGAGUACUCAGAGCAGCUAAAGGACAUGGUGGCCUUCUUCAUGGACUGCAGCCUCCCCAUAGACGAGGCCUUGGAACGGGCUGGAGUUCCCAGAAGAGACCCAGCAGGCCCCAGCCACACAGGAGCAUACAAGACAUCAGUGCCGUGUGCCGCCACUGCUGGCUUCUGCUGCCCUCUGGUGGUCACAAUGAGACACGUCCCCAAGGACAAGCUGGAAAGGCUGCUGCAGGCCACUCACUCCGUGGGAGGACAGCAAGGACAACCCAUCCACAUUGGCGACCCAGAACUUUUGGGAAUCAAGGCGCUUUCCGAACCUGACUACGGGAGUUAUGUGGAGUGUCAGCCGGGGGAUGUCCCAGUGUUCUGGCCUUCUCAGCUGACCAGUCUGGAAGCAGUCGUCAACUGCAAGGCUCCGUUGGCUUUCACCAGCACUCCAGGCUUCCUGGUGAUGAUCCCGAAGGACACGGUGUCUCCAGCGGUUCGUCCGACUCCCGAGAUGGUCCCAGAAGUCCACGCCAUUUCCAAAGACCCUUUGCACUACAGCAUAGUGUCCGCCUCCGCUGCUCAAAAGAUCAGAGAGCUGGAGUCCACAAUCGCCAUAGACCCAGGAAAUCGAGGGAUCCGGCAUCUGCUACUUAAAGAUGAGUUGCUGCAGGCUGCUCUGUCACUGUCUCAUGCCCGCUCAGUACUGGUCACCACUGGAUUCCCCACUCAUUUUAAUCAUGAGCCCCCAGAGGAAACAGAUGGCCCACCGGGAGCCAUCGCUUUAGCUGCCUUCCUGCAGGCUCUGGGGAAGGAGGCCACCAUGGUGGUAGACCAGAGAGCCUUGAACUUACAUAUGAAGAUUGUGGAAGAGGCCGUUAAGCAAGGGGUUCUGAAGACGCCAGUCCCCAUAUUAACCUACCAAGGAGGAUCAGUGGAAGAUGCUCGGGCAUUUUUAUGCAAAGAUGGGGACCCCAAGUCUCCUAGAUUUGACCAUCUGGUGGCCAUAGAGCGUGCAGGAAGGGCCGCUGAUGGCAGUUACUACAAUUGGAGGAAGAUGAACAUCAAGCAUUUAGUUGACCCCAUUGAUGACAUUUUCCUCGCCGCACGGAAGCUUCCUGGAAUCUCAUCAACUGGCAUUGGUGAUGGUGGCAAUGAACUUGGCAUGGGCAAGGUCAAGCAGGCCGUGAAGAAGCACAUAAGAAAUGGAGAUGUCAUUGCCUGUGACGUGGAGGCCGACUUUGCUGUCAUUGCCGGUGUUUCUAACUGGGGAGGCUAUGCCCUGGCCUGCGCACUGUACAUUCUGAACUCAUGUCAAGUCCAUGAGCGCUACCUGAGGAAAGCAACUGGAUCUUCCACAGUGACUGGGGAGCAGAGCUGGAUUCAGGCCCUGCCAUCUGUCACUAAGGAAGAAAAAAUGUUGGACAUCUUGGUACAGAACCAAGUCCGGAGUGGAGUCUCGGGCAUCGUGGGCAUGGAAGUAGAUGGGCUGCCUUUCCAUGGUGUUCAUGCCGAGAUGAUCCAGAAGCUGGUUGACGCCGCCACAGGGCGUCCAUGACCAACUGUGCUGUCCGUGUACAAAGUCCCCACCUGAUGGCUAGCCUGUGUCUAGGCAGGAGUCCCAGAGGCAUCGCUCUAACUGUUCUUCACCCUAGUGUCUGCAGGCCACCCUUACGGUCUGCUCUGAGAAUCUUUUUGCCUGCUACUUAAGAGAUAACUUGUGGGUAGGGCGCAGUGGCGCACGCCUGUGGUCCCAGCACUCAGGGAGGCAGAGGCAGGCAGAUUGCUCUGAGUUCGAGGCCAGCCUGGUCUGCAAAGCAAGUCCAGGGGAGCCAAGCUACACAGAGAAACCCUGUCUUGAAACCCCCCCCCCAAAAAAAAACAACCAAACAAAAAGGGAUAAUUUGUGUGCAGUUAACUGUAAGGCAGAGUGUAAGAAUGAGCAUCAGCCAGGCAGUGAUGGCACAGGCCUCUCAUCCCAGUGCUCCAGUACUCAGGGGGCAGAGGCUCACAGAUCUCUGAGUUUGAGGCCAGCCUGGGCUACAGAGCAAGUUCUGGGACAGCCAGGGUUACACAGAGAAACCCUGCCUUUAAAAAAAUAAAAAACCAAAAAAAGCAUCACCAUGGCCUGGGCUAACGGAAGAAGGAUAGAGUGCCCACACCUGGAGUGUUGGGUUAAAACACUGUGUUUUAACACUCAGCACCAGCAGCAGCAAAACACUUAUACCUCUGAAACUGCUUUCUUUUUCUAGUGGUGAUCCGCUUACAAUUUGAACGGUUCUCCCACAACACCCUCCCGCCUUCACAUCCCACUGUCCCUCACCCCCAUUCGCCUCUUUAAUAUGAGUUUAUGAAACUCAUACUUUCCAUCUUACUCCUAGCCCUGGCCAGACUCCUUGCCCUCUUUCUAUGGGCAGGAAGCCAUUUUUGCCAGUAGAGACCAAAGGUGAGUCAGACCUGCCCAGGGCUCAGGCAGAUGAGCUCACCCCGAUCUUUCACAACCUCCACGCCCAAUUUUCUCAGCAAAAUCAGAAACUGAGCCGCUGACCACGCCCCGUUAUAUGCUUAGUCAUGACAUCUUGUGUGAGUCUGCCAAGAGCUGUUGCAUUUCUUUAAACAUGGCUUGUGUGGUUCUUCAAGGGGCAUUCAUUGUGAAGAAGGAGCCCAUGGUAGAGAUUUCACACUCCAAUAAAGUCUAAGUGCAAAAAGAAAAGCCAUUUUAGUAUGAGCUUCUACUGUCUGCUCUCUGCUUGCUCUCCUGGCCAGGGUUCACACCCACAGGGUUCAUACCUGCAGGACUCUAUGCUUGUGCUGUGGGAAGACACUCAAAAUGAGGGCCAGUCCUCCACCUGAGACCUCUCGGCUCAGCGAACACCACACCAUGAGGUACUCUGAUAAAGAAAAUACCCUGACAAUUAAACAAAAAUAAAAUAAAAUAGAGGACUACCUGAGUUACCACGGUCACUACGGAAAAGCUGCCAACAAUCUUAUGAUUCAUGUUUCGGAGAAGAUAGUCAUGGAUUUGGCUCUCCCAAAAAGUACAGCAGAAUUCUGCCCCGGCACUGUGUGAGCUGAGGAGCCACGGCGUCAUGAGUUAUUCUUGCUCCGUGAAGAAAUGCAUGGGGAAGUGAAUGAGCUAUUUAAGGAAAAGGCUAAGGCCCACUUACGUUCAGAGAUGGCAGAACGGC